AUGAACGGCACAGAGGGACCUUAUUUCUACAUCCCUAUGGUUAACACCACCGGGAUUGUCCGGAGUCCUUAUGAAUACCCUCAGUACUACCUUGUCAACCCAGCAGCCUACGCUGCUCUGGGUGCCUACAUGUUUUUCCUCAUCCUGUUCGGCUUCCCCAUCAACUUCCUCACUCUGUACGUCACCAUCGAACACAAGAAGCUGCGGACCCCUCUAAACUACAUCCUGUUGAAUCUGGCGGUGGCUAACCUCUUCAUGGUGUUCGGCGGUUUCACCACUACGAUGUACACCUCCAUGCACGGCUACUUUGUGCUCGGCCGUCUGGGCUGCAAUCUGGAAGGAUUCUUUGCGACCCUCGGCGGUGAAAUCGCUCUCUGGUCCCUGGUGGUUCUGGCUAUUGAAAGAUGGGUGGUCGUCUGCAAGCCCAUCAGCAACUUCCGUUUCGGAGAGAACCACGCUAUUAUGGGUUUGGCCUUCACCUGGAUAAUGGCUUGCGCUUGCGCCGUGCCCCCCCUUGUCGGCUGGUCCCGUUACAUCCCCGAGGGCAUGCAGUGCUCGUGCGGGGUCGACUACUACACACGGGCCGAGGGUUUCAACAAUGAGUCCUUUGUCGUCUACAUGUUUGUCUGCCACUUCCUCACUCCGCUGAUGAUUGUGUUCUUCUGCUACGGCCGUCUGCUCUGCGCCGUCAAGGAAGCCGCCGCCGCCCAGCAGGAGUCCGAGACCACCCAGAGGGCUGAGAGGGAAGUCACCCGCAUGGUUAUCCUCAUGGUCAUCGCCUUCCUGAUUUGUUGGUUGCCCUAUGCCAGUGUAGCCUGGUGGAUCUUCACACAUCAGGGCGCCGAGUUUGGACCAGUCUUCAUGACCAUCCCGGCGUUCUUCGCCAAGAGCUCUUCCAUCUACAACCCGAUGAUCUACAUCUGCAUGAACAAGCAGUUCCGCCACUGCAUGAUCACCACCUUGUGCUGCGGGAAGAACCCCUUCGAAGAGGAGGAGGGCGCCUCCACCACUGCCUCCAAAACCGAAGCCUCCUCCGUUUCCUCCAGCUCCGUCUCCCCUGCAUAA